AUGAGAGGAUUACAUCAGAAGAUUCUACUGAUGGUUAUAGUAGUUGUAGCCGCGGUUCGCGGUGAAGAGGGUGGUGGGUUCGUGACAUGGGCCAAUAACUACUACGUGACAUGGGGACAUCAACCUUUGGUUCUUAAUGAAACCUCUGAGCUCCAACUAACCCUGGAUCAUACCUCUGGGUCCGGGUUUGAAUCCUACUCGAUAUACGGAUCAGGAUCUUUCAACAUGAAAAUCAAGGCACCACAAACCAAGUCUACGGGACUCGUUACUUCCUUCUACAUACAGUCCAGAUCAAGCCGCCAUGACGAGCUCUGUUUCCAGAUUUUGGGAAGCAUUGGUCCACCGUAUUUGCUGAAUACAAAUAUGUUUCUGUACGGUGAAGGAGACAAAGAUCAGAGGUUUCGUCUCUGGUUUGAUCCAACCAAGGAGUACCAUUCCUAUAGGCUUCUUUGGAACCCACAUCAAAUUGUGUUUUAUGUAGACGAUACACCGAUCCGGGUGUACAGGAAGAAUCCAGAUAUUUACUAUCCAUCGGUGCAGACGAUGUUCAUAAUGGGAAGUGUGCAAAACAGAUCGAUAAUCGAUCCCAAGCAGACGCCUUAUACUGCUAAGUUCCAGGCAUCAAAGCUUGAAGGGUGUGUAACUACAUUUUUCGGCAUAGAGAAAUGCACUGGUCCUACAUUCUGGUGGAAUCGCAAAGAGAAUUGGCAGCUAAGCUCUAGAGAGAGGAAACUGUAUACAAAUGCAAGGAAGGUGUACCUGGAUUAUGACUAUUGCUCUGACAGAAAGCGAUAUCCAAAGGUGCCUCAAGAAUGCAGAAGUUACAGUUAG